AGACGGUGUCGGGAGAGAGAGAGAGAGGGAGAGAGAGAGAGAGAGAGAAGGAGAGAGAGAGAGAGAGAAGGAGAGAGAGAGAAGGAGAGAGAGAGAAGUGGCGUCGGUGUGCGGCCACUUGUGUUUUUAACAUCUGAUAGUCUUCGAGGGAGACGGCUUUGUGGGGGAACAUAGCUCGCUGUGCUUCCUACAUAGUCCGCCGAGAGAUUCAGAGGCUAUUCUCAUAUACAUAUAUAUUUUCUUCGGACGAAAGGCUUUCAACAACCAAGCCUGAAGGAGUCGAUUGCUCUCCUUCUUCCUCACCCCGAAGGUCCAAGGCUUCUUGGAGCAUCGUGCGCUGCGGUGAGUGGAUGUUGAGCUCGGCUCCGCGAGAACACAACGCUCCCUGGCACAUGACCACCUCAGACCUCGCUGGACAGAAACGUGCAGCGAGAAGUAGACAGAGAACUACUUCGAGGACCUGGGGCUCGAUCGGAGGCGAACGAUUAAAGGGGGAUCUCUGCUUUGUGGACUUUCUGACAACAAAGAGGUGACACGUAGUGCAGCAGCAGUAUGGGAGGCGGAGAGAGGUACAACAUUCCAGCGUCCCACCCCGAGCGCCCUUUGGCCAAGAAGAACCAUCAGCUUGGCCGCGCCAAGCAGCGAAGCCGCGACCAGAACGGGGCGGCGGCGUCUGCUGGAGGGGCCGGGGGCCUUCACCACCAUGGCCACCGCCGGAGUGACAAAGGCGCAGCCUACCACAGGUCGCCGGAGGCGCGGCAGGCCGCGUCUGCAGAGAAGGGUGCCUCUGUCCGUUUUGCCACCAACUAUGAUCACAACUGGGAGGGCGCGGUGUCCCACCUCAACACGCUCCUGGCCGCCCAGGGGAGUCCGAGCUACGCCGGGCCCAAGUUCAGCGAGCCACCAUCGCCCAGCGUUUUGCCCAAACCCCCCAGCCACUGGGUGUCCUUCCCACUGGGCUCCUGUGACAACAGGGAGAUGAUGGCCUUCCAGCUCAAGAGCCUCCUCAAGGUGCAGGCCUGAGAGGGAUACCCACUCUCGAUCAUUUUUAAAACAGAUUAAAGCCAAUGCCCAAACUGGGACUCCUUUGAAAGCAUCCACCCACCAGGAACACUGCAGAGUUGUAAUACUUUUAGCUGUUUUUUUAGAUUGACUACCUUGAAGGUUAGGAGGCAUCUGCAGCAAGGCGUUGCUUCUAAUGUUUACACGAAUUUUUAACCAAUAUUAUAAAAUAUUACAGCCCCGCUGCCUUGCUGGUCGGCGAUGCUUUUCGUGGAGUCCGUCUGUGACUAAUGAUGAACUGGAUAUUCCUUUACAUUUGUUUUGUUCCUUUUAAUGUUGGCUGUCAAAGCAGUGUGUGAGUGAAUUUUUUUUUUUCCCCAAACAAGGUUUAUAGUUCAGGUCAGGUAAGCUCCCAUCACCUUUACGGUCCAUUUCUGUGGACUGACAAAACUUUUAUUUACAUACAUUUAGUGACGAUCCUUUGGAGUCACCUCUGAAGAUUCAGGUGCUAAACCAAACUCCAAGUUGUAGCAUUUUUCCCCCACUCGGGCCAACCAUUAUUUUCCUUUUGUAUCACAUUCCUUGUUUGGGUUAAAAAAAGACACUUAAACUGCAAUUCUGCAGGGAAAAAAAGCUAUCUUACUGUUAAUAAUAAUCUGUAGCCAGCAAGUACAGGUCAAAUGUUUAACCCCAGAUGGAAGGGUAAUGAGACAAUGGCACACGGGCCUUGGACUGUCAACUCCUGUACCUUUUUUAUUGCGCUGUGCGCACAUGCACUAUAGGAGUUGAGCUUGUCUAAAGCCCAUAACACUCGAUCAUAGCAUUAUUUUGUACAAGUCCAUUUUUUGUUGUGGUUGAAAGAUGUAUGAUGUGCCGUGUGUAACCAAAGCAAUGUUAUUGCAGUUUUAUUUCCUCUUAGACAUCCUCUAUACGUGGUCGGCAGCAUUGUCAUUGCCACUUUAACCAUGCCAGCCUGAGCGGUGAACGGGUCGGAGUUCCCGGGGCCGUCUUAAACUGCUCCUCUUUUUCCAAUCACCAGUUAUUGUGCCUCAGCCUGUCGAUUCAGGACAAUGCUGCAGCCCCAACAUGCGGAAGGGGGCCGGGCAUAGUUGUGGAAAUGGGUUUCACUUUCUGUCGAAGUCACGCAACGCGCCCCUGUUGGCUGCAGGUCUUUUGUAAGCACGGUCAGGCAGAGCUGAGGAAGGUUUUCUGAAGUGACGUAGCCCGAAGGACUCGACGUGAGAAAGGAGGCUGGUGUUUGUGUUUACAAAAUGGGUCCGUGUUUGACCAUCCCAUAAUCAGCAGGCACUUUCUGCCUCUUGUUAACCUCUUGCACUGCAAUCAGACAAUUUUUUUUUCCGUCAUAAGUUACAGGCCAGGAUGCUAUUGAAAUGGUGGUGGUGUAGCCGGUGACUAUCUGCCUAUGGAUCCACUAUUUUUGUGAUUGUCCUCUUCUGAGGCCCUUUUGCUUUCCCUUUGCAGAAUUGGAGCUGUUUAUGGCCAGCCUUAAGACACAAAACAAAAUAUGAGCGCUUGUGUUCAAGAGCCAUGUAAAUAAUGAAAUGUAUAAUGUAUAAAGUACUUGUAGCAUAUGUACAUUUGCAGACCGUAUUUGAGGUCUGCCUGACAAAAGUAUUUUUAGUAAUAACACUGAAUGUAUAGACAUGCUAAGGACGUGUCUUGACUUCAAUACUGAAGAAUAUUUUUGUUAAAAAAAAAAAAUUCUGCCUACAGCAUUUUUCAGUACCCCUGCACUGUUAUCUUUCCAGAGAUCUUGCACAUGUUUUUUAUUGUUUUGUAAUAUGCAGUGUAGGGUGAAAGAUGUUAAGUGCAUAUUAAGUAAGACUGCAACAAAUAUCAAGUGAAUUUGGAGACUUGCGCAUGUAUGGAAUUGAGUUCUGAAUGUGCUUACGUACUGUAAGCGUGCCGUUUUUACUCUUGAGUUGACCUGUUUUGUGCCUAAGUUAAAACCCAUGCUGAAACAAUUUUUAUUAGGUUGCAAUCUCGUGAAUUGGCCAAAUAUUUUUUGUAAGAACCACUUUCAGUCCUCGGCUGUUCUUCCGCCAGCCGACGAUUGAAUUUGGUCCCAUGCUGUCUAAAGUAUUUUCUAUUGGUUGUUCCAUGUAAACAUUUUCUUUCCCCUGUUUGAGCUAAGCAUGGCACAGUCUCCUUAUUCUGAAUUUGAAACUUGUAAUGAAUUGGCUAUGAAUUUAUCCCUCUUAAACAAUGUCACUGAAGAUGAAUCGAAAUGCCCACUUUUAAGAUUGGUACCAAUUGUUUGAAAAUUGUAAAAGAAUGCACUCUGAAUUGAUGACAAAUUUAAACCAAAAAAAAUAAAUCCCUUCCCCCUCCCCCCUA